CGAAUUGAAAAUAAUUAGAGAUAAACUUCUUUUUCUCCCCUUAAUCACACUGGCGAGGUAUAGGAAAACCGUGCCCGUAUAUGCAAUAAUUCUAGCUGUCAGCCGAAAAAGAAACCGAAGGCAAAUCAUCAAAACACACGGUCGCCUAAACAAAAAAUCACGCUACUAACAGAAGAAAAACAAAACAGCACCCGAGUGCGUACACGCCGUACAUGCGCUUUUAGCGGCUGCAGUUGGUAUAGCAACCGGAGGAUUCUUUGUUUGCCUUGCUUGCCUUUGCCACGCCACGGCAGAAGAAGUCCGUGAGUGAGCGAAUAAUAUCAGCUGAUUUCCAGGUGCAGGUCGGGUCGGGUGCGCCAUAGUUGCAAUGUUUUACGUGAUCGGACUCGGGUUGGGAGAUCCCAAGGACAUUACCGUGAAAGGAUUGGAAAUUUUACAACGAUGUCAACGUGUUUAUCUGGAAUCGUACACAUCCAUUCUGACCUGUGGUCAGGAGAAGCUGGAGGAAUUCUAUGGACGAAAGCUUAUACUAGCGGAUAGGGAACUGGUAGAACAGGGUGCCGACGUGAUUCUUUUCAACGCCGGUGAAGAGGACGUCGCUUUUCUGGUGGUUGGAGAUCCUUUCGGUGCUACGACCCAUACGGAUCUGCUACUGCGGGCCAAGGAGAUGAAAAUCCCCUCGAUGGUUGUACACAAUGCUUCCAUCAUGAAUGCCAUCGGGUGCUGUGGAUUGCAAUUGUACCAUUUUGGCGAAACGGUCUCAAUCCCAUAUUGGACUGAUGACUGGCGUCCUGACAGCUUUUACGACAAAAUCGAAGCAAAUGUAAAACAUGGACUGCACACGCUUUGUUUGUUGGACAUUCGAGUGAAAGAGCCAACACUGGAAUCUUUGACUAAAAAAGUCCGCGAAUAUCAGCCACCGCGCUUCAUGAGUUGCAGCGAAGCUUCGGGCCAGCUAUUGUGGCUAAUCCGCGAUCGAAGAAAGAAUGAACUGACACUGAAUCUAUCUGAGCAAACGGUGGUAGUCGGAUUAGCUCGAGUUGGCCACGAAACUCAGCAGAUCAAGGCGUGCACCUUGAAAGAAUUGAAGCACAGCGACAUGGGCGGACCGCUGCAUUCGCUCAUCAUUCCGGCACCGCAGAUGCACCCGAUGGAGACCGAGUAUUUGCAGCAGUUCUGCGAAGACGACCUAAAGCUGUUACUUGAAGAAGCCAUUCGAUCCGAACCGGCUGACAUGUUCAAACUGGACACCACAUUAGACAGCAACUCAGCUAGUUGAAAUUUGGAACUCCAUGACGGUUUAUGUGCUUUGAAAGUCGAAUAAAUGAAAGCUCAACCACA